AGAACCGAUGAGAGCAUGUUCGGGUGCUAUGGUGACAGCUACUCGUACCGCCUGUGGAGCCUGGCCAACGUUUGGGGCGCCUGCCGAUGUGAGUAGUGCCCCGUGAACGCGCCGCGUAGGACUGUUACCGCUGACGUCAGCGGAGGCUGUGAGAUCUCGGUGUACGUAGACGAAGUGCGAGCCGCGGUCAGUGCCGUGCGGAACAGAGGUGUACCUCCAUGAAAGUGCACAGCUCGCUUAUGGGAGUUGGCGGUUGGUACGAAACCUUGGCGGCCGGUUGGCUUGCGGAUAUGAGGAGUAAGCAAGUCCCAACCUCCACCACCUCGGCCAGGCGGCUCGCGGCCCUCAUCCGUCCGCUGGCCGGCGGCGGGUCGGAGGGCAAGCCGUCCGAAGAGGAGGAGGAGCGAGGAGGGUCGCCCCUGGGCCCCGGCGGGCCUUUCACGUGCAGCCAGUGCCGCGGCGCGUACCCCACGCGCGACCAACUCGAGCGACACGAGACCCUCCACUCGCCCAACACACAGGUGGAUACACUCAAAUAUUCGUGCAAGAUCUGUCACAAGAGCUUCGCAAACGUGUACCGACUACAACGGCACAUGAUCAGUCACGACGAGAGCGCGACUCUGCGUAAAUUCAAAUGCAACGAUUGCGACAAGGCGUUCAAGUUCAAACAUCACCUGAAGGAACACCUGCGAAUACACAGCGGCGAGAAACCUUUCGAGUGCGCCAACUGCGGCAAGAAAUUCUCCCACUCCGGCUCCUACUCGAGCCACAUGACCUCUAAGAAAUGUCUCGUAAUGAAUCUCAAAAUGGGGCGAAUCAAGCCGAACAAUCCGGCCCUCAACCCUGAACGGAGUCCUUCGAGAAAGCGCGCCAAUGCAAUGGUUGCGUCUCAACUCAACAACAAUAUAGCGCCGAACGGAAACUCGUUCUUACCUAUUCUGCCCAAAUACAACGAGGCCGCUGCUGCCUUCUUUGCCUCCAUGUCGUCUCAAGAGAAUAACUUCCAUCGGGCGCCCCUGGGGCAACCGGGAAUGAAUCCUUUCUACAUGCCACCCGGGAUGCCAAUGAGUCCUGCGAGUGGAAUUACACCUUACAGUUUUCCCACUUCUCUUAGUCAACUUUUCGAGCAAUUGGCGUCAUCUCAAUAUCAUCAAAGAAAGAUAGAGAGCCCAGUUAGCCCAAAGCAUGUGGGUACACCUGUCGACCCUGAAUAUAUGAUCGAAGAGGUCACUGAAGAAGACGAUAAACGCUCCGAAGGGAGCGCAGAGCUCGUCAUGGACAUAGAAGACGAUGAAGCCUUAUCCAUAAAGAAGGAGCAAGAAGAUCGAGAUAGUGAAUUGAGAUCACCCUCUCGAAAUUUCGAUUCCGUCCCAUUAAAUAACAAUGGCCAUCAAGUUAAUAACAAUAAUUCUGGCUAUAACACAAUAUUAGACUCUGUUAAUGCAUCCGUUACAAAACAUUUCUUUAGGGCAAAUAUGGAAAAGCUUUCUCCUGUUUCUGCAAAUGUAUGCCCCAGUAUAGAAUCACCACCAACUCCACACAUAAUUAUUAAGGAAGAGCCUGAAGAUAAUCGUAGGUGUAGGAAAUGCAAUGAAGUCUUCUGUAAUAAAAGUGAUUUAUUAGAUCACGAGAAAAUGGUUUGUGGAGGUUUGUUUAGAAAACAUGAUGGUUUGGCAGCUCAAGUUGCCGAAACGGUAGCAUUGAACAGAUUAGAAGCAGAAGCUCGUGCCUCUAUACAAAGCGGAGUGAGUGCAAGUGAAGACGAAGAUUUUCUAAGAGAAGAUCGCGAUGACAAAAUUUCUAUACAUGAUAAUGAUAGAAAAAUAAGAGUCCGAACUGCAUUAAGUGAAGAGCAACAGGCAGUCUUAAAAGAGCACUACGCAGUAAAUCCAAGACCUAACAGGGAAGAGUUUAAGAAGAUCGCUCAGCAAAUUGGACUCGAUAACCGAGUAGUACAAGUUUGGUUUCAGAACAAUAGGGCCAGAGUGCGGCGAAUGACACAGACUUUAGCCAUGUCUGAUCAGCCACUCGACUUGUCUACUAAAAAGUCGAGUCCGUCGGUGACGUCGAGUCCGUCACCGUCGCCGCCUUGUAGCAUUUCUGUUACACAUUCCGAUACGGAGGAAGCGGUGAACCUCAGUCAGAAAUCAUCGCGAAGUACGACGCCACACCGUCCUAACUAUUUGAACACUUAUCCACAUUCCAAUUGCUCGUCUUCUUCUCUCACUGACUUUAGGCUGUCUCCUUCACCAGGAGAAACAAUGAAUGCUCAAAAAAGAGAAAGGUUAUUAUUACGUAAUCUAGCUGUUACGCCAAUGAUGCCUAUGGACAAAUUUAUUCAAUAUAAUGAUAUGGCAAAUGGUCGAUCAUCUCUGCUCAACAUGCAGAUGCCAACGGACAUCAGCCGAGCAUCGAGUCCGUCGUACGAACGUCCAUCCUGGGCAGAUGAGUCUCAUCCGGCAAACGACUUCGAAGACGAUGCGACCGUACUUAAGAAAAGUAAAUUGAAGCAGGGUGCCGAGUACAAAGAGGGCGAAGGACAGUUCGUCUGCGACCAGUGCGACAAGACUUUUGUGAAACAAAGUUCUCUCGCACGACACAAAUAUGAACAUUCAGGACAACGUCCGUACAAAUGCUUGGAGUGUCCGAAGGCAUUCAAGCAUAAACAUCAUUUGACAGAGCACAAGCGUCUACACACCGGCGAGAAGCCAUUCCAGUGCUGCAAGUGCUUCAAGAAGUUCUCCCACUCCGGCUCGUACAGUCAGCACAUGAACCACAGGUUCGCUAUAUGCAAGCCUUACAGAGACUAGACAGCGCCGGGGCCCUCAAGUGUAUUAUCACGAAACAUUGGAACCAAGUUCUAUCGAAACCACGCAUGCAAUGCCUGUUUCGUGUGAUAAAUUUCACGUUAUCAACAGAGUAGUGAAUACCUACAACUGUAAUGAAUGAGGUGAUUCGAUUCCAUCCGACUCUACUCACGUUGAUAACAACUUUACCUCAUAGAGUGUUGUUAAUGAACGAACAAAUACGAGCUGCUGCAUAAUAAUACUCAUAAUAACAAAGUAUUCGUCGCCCGGUAUUUUCGUUUCCAAGUUAAUUAAGGCCAUUGCUCAAUGCCAUUUAUUAUAUGUAAGAAAACAAUUUUGAUUCCCUAUUUAUGAUAUUGUAUAGUGCCAAAUGAUACCAAAAACAAGUGCCAAUGCUAUUAUUUUAUUAUAAUAUUUAAAUUUAAUUAAGUUUCGUGUAAUGGAAUCCCAAAGGCCGGUACCUGUAGUAUAAUACUCUUCAAAAAUAGAUGUUACGAAUAUUUUUGUAUAGUGUCCAUGUAAUUAAGAUAUGAAAACGGCGCCAUUGAUAAAUUAAAGUUUAUUUUUUUAUUUUAUAAAUUUAUUAAUAUGUAUUGCAAUUGCAACUGUCUUUGUAAUCAUGUUGGGUUGUAGUGUACUUACUUACAAUGUAUGCAAUGAAGUGAUAUAGUGAUGGGCAUCCGUUGUUUCUACGUCAAUCAUGCUAUUUUCUCUCUGCGCAUCGCAAUUCUUUACUGCGUCUUUGACAUUGGUUCCAUAAACAAUUCUUCGUAUACCUACGCGUUUUAUAUCAUUACAAAUUUAUAUAUUAUUGAAACCAUCACUAAUUAUCGUCGCUGUAUAACAUUUAGUAACUACAUGUACCCAUUGAAUUAUAUUGGUGUGCAUUCUACUUGUUUAGCACAAACAUCAUCCACUACAUAUUCUGACACACCAAGUGCUUCCCGGCUCUGAGCUUUAUUUCUAAAACAGCAUCAGUAUUUUUGUCUUAAAAUAUAAAUAGAUAUCUUCUAUAUAUAUAUAU